CCUGGUUCUCUGCACCCCAGGUUUCUGGUAUUCCUGAUAAAUUCCCUUCUGUCUUCCUUCAGUUUUAUUGCCCUCUGGACUUCCAGUUAUUGCCAGAAAUUACAAAGUUCUACACUGACUGAUUUUUAUGUUGUUUCUUCAGGCUUUGCUGUGGUGUGCCUGCUGCUGUUAACUGUGAUGACAAUUUCAGACCCUUCAACUCAAGUCUUGAUAGAGAAAGGUGAUUGUUACUUUCAUGUAAUAUCUUUCAGAACAAAAAACCAACAACAACUUGAUUUUCAUUUGUAUGCACAUGGUUUCAUGGACAGUUUAAGGGUAUUCACAUUAGAUUAUCUCAUUGCAGUCUUGAGACUUUUGUCUUUUAGGUGUGAUUUUUUGAAUGAAUAGUGGCUACUCAUUCACAGUCCUGUUCUGUCAGUGUGAGCCCUCAUAUUUUUCACCAUUUGAUGCUUUUCAGUUAAAACUUAGAAUUCUGUUGCCUUGUAAUCCUGACCUGUAAUACGUAUUGCCUUGUAUCAGGCUGUGGUGUAUCUUUCAAGUUCCAGUUUUUAUCAAACCUAUGCCCACUGAGUCACUAAGACUGCAGAUCCCAAAUUGCAGAUUUCCUUCAAAAAUAGACAUUCCAAGUCUGCUUUCUAUUGGGGUGAGACUAUUUGGAUAUAAAAUUUAAAUUAAACCUGGAUAAUGUGUGCCCAAUUGAAAACAGCAUUGGCAGGCAGCAGCUGCAGCAGGGAAGAGCAUAUAUCUCUUAGUCUCUAAAUAUACAAAGAGAGAAGGCUAGGGGUUUUUUUGUUUGUUUUUUUUUUUUUUUUUACUCUCUGUGGCACUGGUGAAAGCAUAACCAUGCUGACAAAGCUAUAGCUGGGUGAUUUAUGGUGCAGUACUUCCAUGAGGAGAUAUCAAAAGGGGAGUCCAGUAGAACCCAAGUACCAGCCAAAUCAGCUGCCUGUCAGUAAUACCAGCCUGGGUAGAAAUGGAUGGAGACAAUGUACUAUGAUUGGCAAAGAACAAGAAUAAAAAAAAAAAACAAAAAAAACAUUAGGUGAAACAGGAGCACCCUGGGAAUAGAAUUGUUUCAAGGAGCCCCUGUUGGCUAACAGAGACUGAGGACAAAUACCAAACAGCCUCAGCUGAAUAAGCUUUAAACAUUUUAUAGAAAGCUGAAGCAGAGUACCUUAGCCUAAUUCAACCUAUUUAUAUGAGUGUUUUGUGAACUUAAUUACAAAUUUUGAAUGUUUCCAAAUGAUUUGAGUGUUUUUGUUACAAUGACUUGUCUAGCCGGGCUUCUCAACAGAAAGUUGCCUGGAAGGAGAAGCUACCUAGACACUGUAAAUAUUUCUCAUCUUGAGGUGUUUGUGAUCUCAAAUGACUCCAGAACUUGCAGAGACUAUUUUAAAUCAAUUCAGUGAGUGAAGGCUUCAGUGAUUGCUCAUGCUGUCUCUGGUUAGUUUUUUGUUGAUUAUCUGACUGGUUGGUUGAUUUUUUGCUUUUGUCUCUUGGUGUUAGUCGUAUGACUGUCUGCGUUUAUGUGAAGUGUUUCAGUAGGCUCUGAAGUCAACACCCAGGCACACUGAUAUCCCAGGUUACCAUGGAGUAUUAAAGGCUACAUGGAAGUGACAGCUUGCACUCAGUAACUAUGUGUCUUACAUUAAAGGGUCUGGCUAUGUAGUUAAGUCCAUCACUGAGCUUCCAGGAACCUACCAGACACAUGGGAAUAGGUGCCUUCCCUCAAACAACAGUCAGCAAAGACGGGAGCAGCUUGUGGAGCUCAGUACUCUUGAAAUUGAGAUGAGCAGGUGGUCUCUAAAGCAGCUAUUUGUUUCACAUGUGCCCAGAGACAGGAUAACUUGUGAUUACAGGAAGAAGCUGAUAUGAGGGAAAGGGCUUGAGACUGCUUUUGAAUUAUAGGUGUCUAAAAUGAUGGCAGCAUAAGAAAUGGUAGACACAAAGGCCCCUGAGCCCCGUAAGCCUUUAAUCUACAAUGCCCAGAAUAAUGGUGAAAAAAAAGCAGAGAUACAUCUCAAGUGUCUGGCUUAUUUCCCCAUCUAAAUUAACUGUAAGCACCAUAGUUAUUUACAACAUGCAAAAAGUGUAAAGAUGAUAGUUAAAGUACUUACUUACUUUAUAGAGACAACAUAAAUACUGUUGCAUGCAAAUCUCCCACAAACAGCAGCAGGAGUUUUAACUCUGGAUGACUUCAGGAUUUGGUAUAGUCUUUACUAGGUGGUGAUUUUUUCAAUGAACAAGGAAAAAUGAUGUGAAAGGAGUUGAUAACAUUACAGACCCUUUCUUUUUGUGAUCUCUCCUUAAUUUAACAACUCAAAAGUGGUAACGACAGAUUUCUAAAAGUUACAUGCAUGAUUCAACUGUACCACAAUUCUGCUACUAGAUUCACUCAAACUAUUGUUUCAUGAAAAACUUCUUAUGAAGUCUGCCCCAUAGGAUGCACUGUAGUGGGGUUUUCCUUGAACGCAUCAGACAUCUUGUUUAGGAGCAAAUUUUGUGUUUCAUUUUCCUAUCUUACCCUAUCAAGGUUUAUUGUUUUAUACUUUAUACUUGAUCCUGCAUCUUUUUUCCAUCCAAGUUUUUUAUCAAUGACAAACUAUGUGGCCUGAGCAACUUUGAGAAGUCCCUCUGUCCCAGGGCGCGUGUUUGAGCCGCUGUACAGAUCAAGCUGUUAGCAAAGCAGUAAUUUCUAACGAGAAGAGCUGAGUAAGCUGUGGUAAGUAGGGGGUUUUCUAUCGAGAAGAGAGAGGUUGUGUCCCUGCCUCCCCGUGUCACAGCCCUGCGGGGCGGUGCUCGCGGGGCCUGCGGCCGGGGCGGGGGCGGCCCGGCCCUGCCUGGCGCGGAGCCGCUUCCCCCUCGGCGGGGCUGCGCCUCUUAAGGGCGGCGCGGCCGGCCCCAGAGCGCCGCCAGCUCUCCGGCCGCGCUGCCGUGCUCGGUCCGGGCGGUCCGCAGCGCAGCCGAAGCCGACAGCGGGCAGCCCCAUGCGGCACGGGCGGCCUUAGGCUGCGCGUCGGCCGCAGCAUGCCGCUCCCUCUGCGCCUGGCGUGGCUGUGCUGGCUCUGCAGCGUCUGCCGCGGGUACUUCGAGGGGCCGCUGUACCCGGAGAUGUCCAACGGGAGCCUGCACCACUACUUCGUCCCUGAUGGGGACUACGAGGAGAACGACGACCCCGAGCGGUGCCAGCUGGUGUUCCGGGUGAGCGAGCAGCGGCAGUGCGGCGCGGUAGCGGCGGGCGGCGGGCUCAGCCUGCGCGAGGAGCUGACGGUGCUGGGGCGGCAGGUGGAGGACGCGGGCCGGGUGCUGGAAGGCAUCGGCAGGAGCAUCUCCUACGACCUGGACGGCGAGGAGAGCUACGGUGCCUACCUGCGCCGCGAGUCCGCCCAGAUCAGCGACGCCUACUCCAGCUCGGACCGAUCCCUGAGCGAGCUGGAGGGCAAAUUCCGCCAGGGCCAGGAGCAGGGCGGCCGGGAGGAGUCCCGUCUGAGUGACAGCUUCCUGGGGCUGCUGCUGCACGCCCGCGCCCUGCUCCGCGAGACCCGCCACGUCUCCAGCGGGCUGCGUGACAAGUACGACUUGCUGGCCCUCACGGUGCGCAGCCACGGCGCCCGCCUCAGCCGCCUCAAGAACGACUAUCUCCGCGCCUGAGCGCGGAGCGGCCGAGCCCGGACCAACACCGGCUUCUAGACACCCCGAGCCCUGCCGCCGGCCCCCCGGAAUGCACAACCCUGCUGUCCGCCUGGAAGGAGCACCUCCUUGGACAAACCCUAGAAUUACGAAGCUCGGAAAAGACCUCCGAGAUCGUCAAGUGACUGAACACCACCACGCCCACUAAACCAUAUUGAGAAGUGCCACAUUUGCUCAUUUUAGAACGCUUCCAGGGAUGGUAACUCAACCAAAAUACAUUCUUCUUCAUGGAAAAAAACCUUAUUUAUUUUACCUUCUAAACAAAUAGCACAGUUCUAUAAACCAGGAGGUUUGAGGUAUGUUUAAGUUAAUAUCCCAUAUACCCUCUGUUAUAUCAUUCAUCUUUGGUCACAAAAUGAAAUAAGCUUUCUCAUCUGUGACUCCCUGUUGUUUGUUUUUGUAUCACCUGUUCUGCUGUGGCUCACCUGCCCUAAGUGUAGCUGAAGUGAGGUGCUGGCCAGCUCGUUCCAGACUCCUGUGUAGCAAAUACUUAAAUUGCUUUUGUUGUUAGUCCUUUAGGAUGACACCCCUGGCCCUCCAUUAACUUCAUUUCUAAUGAUAUGUAUUAUAUGCUCCUUAAAUGUCCUUCCACUGCAUAAAGCUGUUAUUUUCAUUUGUGUUUGGAAAGAUGGGAACUAUUGUGGCAGGAUUUGUACUUCCAGGCUUGCUUAUCUGUGACUCUAAGCUAUCAUAACCCUAGGAGGCAGCCAAAAAGGCUUAUGUCAGAUCCUGAGAAUGCUGGUGGAAAUUUUUAUAGCAAAAAGAAUGAGCCCUAGUGCUGAUUAGAGUUUUGGAUCCCAUAUUUGAUAGCCAGGAGCAUGUUUCUAAAAAAGACGAAAAGGUUUUGUGUGUGCAAGCACAUUGACUUUUCCUGUUGGUGACUUUGUACUUUUGCUAGCUAAGUUAUUAAUGUAACUUUGUGGUCCUAGACAACAGCAAAAGUGCCUGAUGGGAACGAGGGUGGAGGUUUUAGACUCAUUGCUAUUUAACUGACAAUUUUGGAUAAUGGGGCUAUUAGGUUACAGAUACUGCAGGCAGAACACCUCUUGGGAUGAAAAGAGUUUAUAGGUUGUUGUAAUAAAUAUUUGAAAACAAUGUUAAAGUACAUUUUUGUUAUUGCUUUCCAAAACGCUCUUGAUUUUAAAACGUUCUCUUGAAAUGUGCCUUUUCAGCAAACCAUUCAAAGCUUGUAGCCCCUGCCAAGUGAAAUAACUUGUGUUUUAGUAAAAACAAAUAAAAAUUUACAGACUCAUGAGGUUACAUGAAAUGCAACAAUACAAAAGGGCUUGUGGGGCAGACUUUUUUGAGUUUUUAAGCCUUUUUAAGCACUCAUGGAAGAGAAGCUGAUGUACUUCUGAGGUGUGUUCUUGUUAACCCUGCUCCCAUUUAGUAAUACUUCAGUCUGCAAACCAUUCAGUAGGUAAGUUACUCAGCAGUACAGUUGGUCAACAUAAGUCAGCUUGGACUAGUGUGCUGAAGGCACCAGGAAAGUCAUGAAGGUAGGUGCUUAAGGAACCAGACAGCUCAUUUUGCUGAAGGCAGUGAAAUUUAGCCUACUGGCAAGAUACUUUAGAUGUCAUUUUGCAUUUUUAAGUCCUCAGUAUCUUUAAAGAUUUACUGAAAAAAAAAGGAAACAUUUUAUAUUGGUUGACUCUGGUGGAAUCGCUCAGUGUUAUUUUUCUGUUCUCAAGUUAGAAACUAUAUGACAAGUUUUAGCUCUUAAAGAUUCAUUUAUUUGUGAUGCUUUCCUUGCCACUAGAGACGGAUGGCACAACAGAAGAGUGAGCCGAGUCACUGAGUCUUAUGUGCUCACUAUCUUAGCAAAACAUAAUAGCAUUUCUGGGCUGGACCAAGCUCUAGAAGCGCCUGAGACCAGUCUCCCCCGAAGAUGUCAUGCAGUUCCAUUUGUGCCCAGAAGCUUCUUAAAGAAAAUUUAAGUCUGUGUUUUACCCACUUUGAGUCAUUUGUUACAUGAAUUGUAAACAUCAAUAAAUAAACAGAAAUGGCAUGACUGUGCUAUUUUUUAGGUAUAUGAGAACAGUAUUCAAAUCCUAAUAGAAAAAUAGUAGUAGUGUAAAGCACAACUUCUUGGAUAUCCUUUAAGAAGCUUGACUAUUCUAUUUGCAGUAGCAAAUGUUUGGUCAAGCUGAAACUAUUCCAGUGUAUGCAGCAUACCAAAAGAGUAAAUGUUUGCAGAAUGCUUACAUUUCAAAGCAGGAGAUGUGUGAGUAUUUACAGUAUAACUCAUUCCACUCAAUGCCCUGUAAAUUGUAAUCUAAUGAAACAAGACUGUGGUACUUUACAAUCCACACUAAUGUUUCAUAUGAUAAAUAUGAAUUCUUGAUGUUUCAUGUUUCAGUAAAAUAUAAACAUUUUUUUAUUUUAAAUAUGGCAAUAUUCUGUUUUUGUUUCAGUAGCAUUGAUUUUUGAAGGCUUUAAAUGGUCCUUUCUAGGAGAAAAUAAAGAUACCUGAGUCUGGUCUAUGUAUAUGUUCACACAUUUAAUACAAAUAGUCAAUCUUAUGUCGAUUUGAUGAAGCCAAUACAAAAAUCUUUUAGGACAUUUAAAUCUACUAGAGUUUGAUUUGCAUCAUUUUGGCUGACCAAGCAAAUUUAUAUGUUAAAUAUAUAAUUUUUGAUAUAUUUGUCAAAAUAUAAAUUUUGAUAAAAUUUAUCAAAGCUGAGUCAGAGCUGAUACAUAAAGUGGUUUUUAUAGAGCUGCCUGCAAGAACUGAGUGCUUAGUGAUAUUCACCAGUUGAAAGUUUUAAAUGCAAUUUUUUUCUUUAAAAACUAUGGAAACUAUAUUGCAAUAUUCUUUGCAAUCUUAUAAAUGUCUUGCUUUUGCUUUUUACCUGAAAAAAACUUAUUAGUUUGGAAGGUAUGAAGAUCCCCUGGAUCUGGAUCUUCAUACGGCUUAUUUUAAACAGUAAAGGCUCUUCUAUCAUUGAAAAUUUGGUAAUUAUUUUUAAGCCGAGAACUUUAAAAGGAUAUUUGUAGCAGCAGUCAUCCCCAUUAUGUCUUUCUGUUAUGUUAAAAUAUUGUAUUGGUAUUAGAUUCAUUUUUCUUUUUCAGAAUGUAGAAGUUCGAGCUAAAAUUGAGCUGACAGUGGGGUUUUUUUGUAGUUUUUUAUGAUUUUCAAAACAUGUAUUAUUUCUGAAUGUAUUAAAGAGUUAAUGGUGCUGAAGAGCAAACUAUGAUUUUCUGGAUAAAAAAAUGCUGCAGCUGGAACAGUCAUAGAGAGCUCACUUAAUACUUAAGCUUUUCAUCAGGGGGAGCAGGCUACCCAGAGAAGGUGUGGAUGCUCCAUCCUUGAAAGUUUUCAAGGCCAGGCUAGAUGGAGCUCUGAGCAACCUGGUCUAGUGUCUCUACCCAUGGCAGGUGGAUUGGAAUGAGAUGAUCUUUAAGGUCUCUUCCAACUCAAAGUGUUCUAUGAUUAGAGUCAAAGCAAGGCACUAAGGAACUCACCUGCACUUCUCUCCAGGAAGCUCACUUUUGGAGGCAGUGCUCUGAUGUGGGCAUUCUCAUAUCCACUGAUAUACACAGAACAGAAGAAGCUCAGAGUAUGCAGAAAACCCUUAACAAAAGCUUGAGAAAGGAAAAUGUACUUGCCUUGUGCCAAAUUAAUGGAUAGGAAUUCAGAGGGGAGUGUGCAAACUGGAUUUCAAAACUGCAGUUUUCAGUUUCACAGGUUGACUUACCCAGGACCAUCAACACAAAGAGAAGUCAAGCGAAGCUUUCAAAACCUUGGUGAGCCUUUAAAAAAACCUUAUGUGUGCCAAGCUGGAGUGUAUGAAUUGUCUGAAGCUAAAUUAUUGCUCCUAUUGGUUGUCACAUACUGAGAUGCAGUUUGGCAAGACAUAAACCUCAUUAGCAAAAAAUAUACCUGGCUUAGUCACUAGAAACAACCUUGUGAGCUACAGAGCUCUGGUUAUAAUCUUGUCUAGGAAAUGUGUAUUUUGUGGAGAAAUUCUAUUGGAUGUGUCUAUUAGUGUUGGUGUGGCUGUUUAUUUACAUGGUCUUUAUGUUGCUUUACCAGUUUCUUGCUCAUCCUUUUUGAAUAUCAAUUUUGUGACUAUUAAAGAAAUUUUCAGCUAA